AUGGUUGAUGAUUGCAUCCCUCUCCUGGUUGGCCAUAUCAGAACAGCCCAUAUGUUAAGGUCUGCUGCUGCUGCGCAGCUUGCGGUGGAGGAAUCGGUGGCGCGCGCCGCCGAAGCCACUGAGCGCGCGGCCGAGGCCCGGCGCCGUGCGGAGGAAGCCGAGGCCCUCGCGGCCACCGCGAAGCGGGAGGCCGAAGCGCGGCAGGAGACCUUCCGAAAGUGCCAGGGAGAGGCAGCGGAGGCCGAAGACGCUGAAUACUUAUAA